CCAUAUGCGGUCAGAGACUCCUACGCCGAUUGGUCCAAGUUCUCCCUGCUCCAACAACUCCCAUCACGCUGUUCCAGCCACACGCAGUAAGAGACUACUCACCUCCUCUCCAGAACUGGCCGUUCGUUCCCACCGGCGCUAUAAGACCCCUUACCGGCUUUCCAGGCCUCUUCCUGGACCAAACCUCCGUGUCCACCAAGUCUGGGUACUUUCCAGCCACAUAGCUGACCUCUCACCUCACCGCAAGCUUCCGGGUCAAGUCGUUUGUUUUCUGUACCAGUCAAAUCCUCGAACC